CAGAAGAAGAAGCAGCGGAGACAAAGAGGCUGAGAGAUGAGAGGACGGUGACGGAGGAGCGACUCUUCUUCUGCGUGUGAAACAGCGGCAGCUCCUCAUGUCGGAGGAGACUGCAGGAGCAGAGAAAGGCCCGGAGGACGAGGAAGAUGGUGGAGGAGGAGGAGGAGGAGGAGGAGGUGAAGGAGGAGGAGAAGGAGGAGAAGGAGGUGAAGGAGGAGGAAAGGUGUCCCUGAAGACCCCCAGAGGUCUGGCCUAUUGUCUCUGCAGGAAACCAGACAUCAACUGUUUUAUGAUAGGGUGUGACAGCUGUACUGAGUGGUUUCAUGGAAAGUGUGUUGGAGUUUCAGAGAAAGCAGCGAAAUCCAUCAGAGUUUGGUUUUGUCCGUCCUGCAGAGACGAAGACUCGUCUCUGGAGAUUAAAUACCGUCUGAAGAAGACCAAAGAGAAGGACGAUAAAGAGUCGGACUCAGAGAAAGAGGACAAACCUGACGGAGACGGAAGCUCCACCCCCCAGCCCAAGAUUGACAGGAGGCGGAGCUCACAGAUCAAGCGUUCGGCCCGGAUGUGUGGAGACUGUGACGCCUGUCUGAGGACGGAGGACUGCGCUCUCUGUGACUUCUGCAAAGACAUGAAGAAGUUCGGAGGUCCGAACAAGAUCCGCCAGAAGUGUCGUCAGCGCCAGUGUGAGGUCCGAGCCCGGAAGAUGCUUCGUGUCAAAGACGAGGAGAUGAGUCAGAGCGGCGUCAGGGGGCGUGGCCUGUCGAGAAGAGGGGCGGGGCAUCAGACGGAGGAGGAGGAGGAGGACGACGAAGACGUGGUCUUCAGUGAGAGCGAGCUGGAGCUGUAUGAGCAGUACAGAGCCGCCGGAUACAGAGACCUGGUGUGGCACAGCGAGGAGGAGGACGCUCAGUCAGACCCUCUGAGGAAGAAGGCGGUGAAGGUGAAGCACGUGAAGAGACGAGAGAAGAGGACAGAGAAGAAGGUGAGGACGCUUCAAACUGCUGAUGUCACUGCUGAUGUCACUGCUGAUGUCACUAACAGUCUGUCCUCGCUGCAGAAGUCCGUCUCUGCUCCUACAGAGGAGGUGAAGCCUCGCCGCCACAAAGCCAAGCAGCGCCACAGGGAGCGUGUGCGUCACAGCGAGCGAGGGGGAGAGGGCGGGGUUAAGGAGGUGGGUGGGGCUAAGGAGGUGGGCGGGGCUCUGCGUCAGUGUCUGGGACCAGGAUGUGUCCAACCGGCAAGGACCAUCUCCAAGUACUGUUCUGAGGACUGCGGCAUGAAACUAGCCGCCAAUCGUAUCUAUGAGAUCCUUCCUCAGAGGAUCCAGCAGUGGCAGCAGAGUCCGUGCGUUGCAGAGGAAAGGGGGCGGAGACAUCUGGAGCGAAUCAGGAAGGAGCAGCAGGCGGCGAGGCUCCGCCUCACGCUGAUGGAGAAACGUUUCCACGAGCUGGAAGGAAUCAUCGCCAACGCCAAACAGCAGCAGGUCCAACACCACGAGGAGGUGACUGAGGGUGAGGGUGAUGACACAGACCUCCAGGUGUUCUGUGUCUCCUGCAGUCACCCCGUCAACCCGAAGGUGGCGCUGAGACACAUGGAGCGAUGCUACGCUAAGUAUGAGAGUCAGACAUCGUUUGGCUCCAUGUACCCAACACGAAUAGAGGGGGCGACCCGGUUGUUCUGUGAUGUGUAUAACCCUCAGAGUAAGACGUACUGUAAGCGGCUGCAGGUUCUGUGUCCUGAACACUCCAGAGAUCCAAAGAUCCCAGCAGACGAGGUGUGUGGGUGUCCUCUGGUAAAAGACGUGUUUGAGCCGACCGGAGAGUUUUGUCGUGUGUCUAAGAGGAAGUGUAACAAACAUUACUGUUGGGAGAAACUUCGUCGGGCCGAGGUCGACCUCGAGAGAGUCCGAGUGUGGUAUAAGCUGGACGAGCUGUUUGAGCAGGAGAGGAAUCUGAGGACAGCGAUGACGAAUCGAGCCGGUUUAUUGGCUCUGAUGCUGCACCAGACCAUCCAACAUGAUCCAAUCACAACGGACCUACGCUCUGCCAAGGACAGGUAGACAGACAGACAGGCAGGUAGACAGACAGACAGAGAGGUAGAUAGACAGACAGACAGACAGACAGACAGACAGACAGACAGACAGACA